GUGAGACUCUCUCAAAAAAAAAAAAAAACAAAACCUAGUCAGGACAGGAACAUAUGUACCAGCCUCUAGAUGGAAGGUUCUCAAAGUCUGGUCCCCACCGUAACAGCAGCAGCAGUAUCCCUUAGGAACUUGGAAAUGCAAAUUAUUGAUCCCUAUGCCAGAUGUAUUGAAUCAGAAACUCUGAGGCUGGGGUCUGGCCAGGUAUGUAUUCACAAGUCCUCCAAGGGAUUCUGAUGUGCUCUUGAGGGUCUGCAAACUAUAGCCACAGGCCACACCCCAUCAGCCGCCUCCUGCUUUUGUAUGUCCCAUGAGCUAAGAGUGGUUUUUACAUUUUUAAAUGGCUGGGGAAAAAAUAGACAAUUUUGUGACACAUGAAAAUGAUAUAAAAUUCAAAUUUCAGUGUUCAUAAGUAAAGUUUUAUGGGAACAUGGCCACAUCCAUUCAUUUAUGUAUUGUCUGCAGCUGCUUUUACUCAACAUCAGCUGAAUUGAGCAGUUGCAGCAGAGACAAAAUGGCCCACAAAGCUAAAAAUAUUUACUGUCUAGUCCCUUGCAGGAAAAAUGUGCUGCUCUAGGUUGAUAGUCCACAAACAGGAAUAAUUACAAGCAGAGAAGGUACUGAGAUCUUCCUUCACCUGAAAAUGUCAGCACCCUCCUGGAGAAAGAAACCUAUGAAACUUGUGUUUCCAUGUGCGAGUGUUAUUAUGAUCACCAGAUCAUUACUUAGGCAACUUGUUCCAGCGAUGGCAUGUUCCUCUAGAACUCCAGAUGACAAGACAAAUGGCUAGCUCUGGUGCAUCAGGGGGCAAAAUCGAUAAUUCUGUAUUAGUCCUUAUUGUGGGCUUGUCAACAAUAGGAGCUGGUGCAUAUGUCUACAAGACUAUAAAAGAUGACAAAAAAAGAUAUAAUGAAAGAAUAUCAGAGUUAGGGCUGACACCAGAAGAGAAACAGAAAAGGGCCGCAUCAUCUGCUGCAGAAGGAGAGCCAGUUUCUCAAGUCAGGGUACCAAGUCAUGUUCCUUUCCUACUAAUCGGUGGAGGCACUGCUGCUUUUGCUGCAGCUAGAUCCAUCCGGGCUCGGGAUCCUGGGGCCAGGGUACUGAUUAUAUCUGAAGAUCCUGAGCUGCCAUACAUGCGACCUCCUCUUUCAAAAGAAUUAUGGUUUUCAGAUGAUCCAAAUGUCACAAAGACACUGCGAUUCAGACAGUGGAAUGGAAAAGAGAGAAGCAUAUAUUUCCAGCCACCUUCUUUCUAUGUCUCUGCUCAGGACCUACCUCACAUUGAGAAUGGUGGUGUGGCUGUCCUCACUGGAAAGAAGGUAGUACAGCUGGAUGUGAGAGACAACAUGGUGAAACUUAAUGAUGGCUCUCAAAUAACCUAUGAAAAGUGCUUGAUUGCAACAGGAGGCACUCCAAGAAGUCUGUCUGCCAUUGAUAGGGCUGGAGCAGAGGUGAAGAGCAGAACAACACUUUUCAGAAAGAUUGGAGACUUUAGAGCCUUAGAGAAGAUUUCACGGGAAGUCAAGUCAAUUACGAUUAUUGGUGGGGGCUUCCUUGGUAGCGAACUGGCCUGUGCUCUUGGCAGAAAAGCUCAAGCCUUGGGCACAGAAGUGAUUCAACUCUUCCCUGAGAAAGGAAAUAUGGGAAAGAUCCUCCCUGAAUACCUCAGCAACUGGACCAUGGAAAAAGUCAGACGAGAGGGGGUUAAGGUGAUGCCCGAUGCCAUUGUGCAAUCAGUUGGAGUCAGCGGUGGCAAGUUACUCAUCAAGCUAAAAGACGGCAGGAAGGUAGAAACUGACCACAUCGUGGCAGCUGUGGGCCUGGAACCCAAUGUUGAGUUGGCCAAGACUGGUGGGCUGGAAAUAGACUCAGAUUUUGGUGGCUUCCGGGUAAAUGCAGAGCUACAAGCACGCUCUAACAUCUGGGUGGCAGGAGAUGCUGCAUGCUUCUACGACAUAAAGCUGGGGAGGAGGCGGGUAGAGCACCACGAUCAUGCUGUUGUGAGUGGAAGAUUGGCUGGAGAAAAUAUGACCGGAGCUGCUAAGCCAUACUGGCAUCAGUCAAUGUUCUGGAGUGAUUUGGGUCCUGAUGUUGGCUAUGAAGCUAUUGGUCUUGUGGACAGUAGUUUGCCCACAGUUGGUGUUUUUGCAAAAGCAACUGCACAAGACAACCCAAAAUCUGCCACGGAACAGUCAGGGACUGGUAUCCGAUCAGAGAGUGAGACAGAAUCCGAGGCCUCAGAAAUUGCUAUUCCUGCCAGUACUCCUGCAAUUCCACAGGCCCCUGUCCAAGGGGAGGACUACGGCAAAGGUGUCAUCUUCUACCUCAGGGACAAAGUGGUCGUGGGGAUCGUGCUAUGGAACAUCUUUAACAGAAUGCCAAUAGCAAGGAAGAUCAUUAAGGACGGUGAGCAACAUGAAGAUCUCAAUGAAGUAGCCAAACUAUUCAACAUUCAUGAAGACUGAAGCCCCACCGUGGAAUAGGCAAGCACGUCACCAUCCCUGAUAGCUGGCUAGAUGGGUAAAGAAGCAUUUUUUAUUCGGCAAACUGUGCGAAUGAGUGUAAAUGAUCGAGCAAAUCCUUUGCGAAUAUUUUCAACCAUGUGGGCAAAUUCUUAAUGUUCACAUCACGAAAUAAAAUCUGAUUCUUCUAAA